AGGUUGAAGUCUAUCUUCUUAAUAGUUCUUUUGAAAAAUCACAUAUGCAGGUGCGAGAAUAAAAGAACUACCUAUUUGAGCAUGAAGUUUAGCCGCUUCAAGAAGCUUGGACUUGGCUUUGAUAUGCUUAAGAAGGAUUGGGACACAAGGCUAGUAAAAUAUAGUGUCAAGUAAGAAAAUUUGAGAAUGUAAAGUUAUGUGUAUAUUAUCUUCAUGUAUUCAUUAUGAAUAGUAGAGGUUCAAUCCAUAGUGAUACCUUGAUAUUCGAAUAUUUGAAAUGUGUAAUAUACUAAUGUGAAAUUCAAUCGUCAUGAUAUUUCAUUUAUGCAUAACUUUGUUAUUUGUUGUGAUUUUGUUUAGUUGAUUAUGGAUUACACUAAAAUGGGGGAGGAUUGUUGGUUAUUUUAGUGUAAUUGAAUUAACUAGUUGAUCAAUGUAAUCAUAAUAUUAUAUCGAACCAGUCAGGAGAGUACGGAGUGUAUGCUUAGUUUGAGUUUAUUAUGAUUAUUAGUGCUUAUGAGGCAUGUUCAUUGGCAUUAGACACAUCUAUUGGAAAAGAAGUGUCUAUUGGCAUUAGAUUUGUCCAUUGACAUUAGACACAUCUAUUGGGAUAAGAUGUGGCUAUUGUCAUUAGACAAGUCUAUUUGGAUUAAAGAUGUGUCUAUUGUCAAAAGACACAUCUAUUGACAUCUAUAUAUAGAUGUUGCAUUGAUCAUUUCAAGUACAUGGUUCAUUUGAAAUACACAACAAAACACAUUCUCUCUUCUUGCAGAAUUUCUGACUUUAUCCGAUUGAAUUAUUUGGUGAACCACAAAUAACUUCAAUCUGAAAGUGUUCACACGACUUCAGAAAAAUCCAAGUUACCACCAAAUUUCUACAACAGCUAAAAGGUGCCAUCCUCCGUCUAUGGACAUUGCAGAUGAUCAGUUUGCUGCAAUACCAUAUUUUUCUGUUCCUACGUGUUCUACACCUUGCUGGAACGUGUUCUUGAGCUUUUAUGGUAAGGACAGUCGAAGUAGCUUUACUUCACAUCUUUAUUCUGCUCUGGAUCAAGCUGGAAUUCAGACCUUUAUGGAUGAGCCAGAACUCAGAAAAGGUGAAGAAAUUUCACAGGGACUGCUUAAUGCAAUUCAUGGUUCAAAGAUAUCUGUCAUAAUUCUGUCAGAGAAUUACGCUUAUUCAAAAUGGUGCCUAAAUGAGCUCGUAGAGAUCCUCAGUUGCAAGAAAACAAAUGGUCAUGUGGUAAUUCCCAUAUUUUACUACGUUGAUCCAUCAGAUGUACGACAUCACAGAGGAAGUUUCGGGAAAGCUCUUAAAGAUCAAAAGAAGCGUCACUCUGAGGUAACACUGGAGAAGUGGAAAUCUGCUCUUGCUGAAAUCGGGAAGCUAAAAGGAUACCAUCUCCAAAAAGAUGCAGAUAAGAAUGAAUCAAACAUCAUUCAAGAAAUUUUGGAGAAUGUGGUGCCACAAGCAUGUAGAAAAAUAUUACUCCUUGAGGAGUAUCUAUUUGGAAUCGACUCUGUUGUUGAAGAUAUAUAUCAGAAACUGAGCAUGGAGUCAAGUGAUGUCCGUGCCAUUGGGAUCUGUGGGAUGGGCGGAAUUGGAAAGACUACAACUGCCAAAGCUUUCUACAACAAAUAUUCCAAAGAAUUCCACAUCACCUGCUUCAUUGAAAACGGAAGACAAUAUUCACAAGAAAGUAGUCCUCUACUCGCGCUACUUAAUCAGCUCUUGAUUGAGCUUCUCAGAGUGAAGGAUUAUAAGGUCCUAGAUGUUGAAACUGGAAUAAAAAAAUUAAAACAAAUCCUUUGUUCUAAGAAAGCUCUAAUUGUUCUGGAUGAUUUGUACCAACCAAUCUAUUCAGAAUUUCUCACAAGGCUUUGUGACUUGUUUUCUGCUGGAAGUAGAAUCGUCGUUACAACAAGAGAUGCAAACCUCCUGCAUCAAUUAAAGGUAGAUAUAUCAGAAGUAGAUAUAUACAUGAUGAAGGAACUGGGAUAUCCUGAUUCAUUGGAUCUCUUCAGUUAUCAUGCUUUUCGGAAACCAACACCACCAGAAAAUUUUAGAGAACUCACGGUCAGCUUCGUGACCUAUGCUGGAGGUCUUCCAUUAGCUCUCAAGGUGUUGGGCUCAUCUUUGCGCGGUAGGACUCAGAUGUCGUUCUGGAAAGCUAAACUUGAAAAACUUCAGAAAAUUCCCAAGAAAGAGAUACAGAAAAUCCUUCAACUGAGCUACGAUGAAUUAGAUGAUGAGACAUUAAAGGCAAUUUUCCUUUAUAUCACGUUCUUCUUCAUUGGAAAGGACAAAGAUGAGGCUAUUCAAAUUUUCCAAUCUUGUGAUUUCUUUCCGGAUGCUGGAAUACCAAUUUUAGUGGAAAGGUGCCUACUAACAAUCGGUAUGAAUAAUAAGUUUCAGAUGCAUAAUCUUAUACAGGACAUGGGAACAGAAAUUGGGAAGAGCAGAGGCUUGUUCUGGAGAGGAGCACCAAAGGAUAUGCAAAACGUCGAGGGAGCAUACAGAACUGAAGGUCUUAUAUUAGACUUAACCAUGUCCGCGGAAAAACAUGUUGAUGCAAAAAUAUUUGAACAGUUCUCCAACUUGAGGUUGCUUGAAAUAAUUGGUGCACAUGACAUCAAGGGAAAUUUAAAAGAUUUAUUUCAUGAGCUAAGGGUCAUUCGGUGGCAUGGUUGCUCCUGGACUUAUUUACCUCCUAGUUUUCGUCCACAAAACCUCGUCUCUCUUGACAUGUCAAUGAGCAACCUGGAGAAAUUUUGGAAGAGUCCCACGGUCACGCCUCUUAAACAACUUGCUAAUUUGACCCAUAUGAAUUUGGCUGGUUGCGUUAAUUUGAAACAAUUGCCAGAGCAAUUGGGUGACAUAAAAGGCUUAAAGAUGAUUGAUGCAAGUUUCAGCGCAAUUGAGGAACUGCCAGAUUCAAUUACUCACUUGAAGAAAUUGGUUAAGCUGAACUUGAACGGAUGCAAGAAGCUUAGAGUAUUACCUAAACAAUUUGGUAAUAUUGAAGGCUUAAGGACAUUUGAUGCAACUGAUAGUGCGAUUAGGCAACUGCCAGACUCGUUUGUAGACCUGAUAAAUUUGGUUGAUUUGCAAUUGUCGUAUUGCAAGAAGCUUAAAAAGUUGCCAGAGCAGUUUGGGAACAUGGUAGGUUUAAGGACGUUUGAUGCAGGUGAAAGCGCAAUUGAACAACUGCCUGAAUCUUUUGGAUGCUUGAAAAAUUUGGAUUAUCUGAGGUUGUUCUAUUGCAAAAACCUUACCAGCCUUCCAAAUAGCAUAUGCAUGCUGAAGCUUCUCCGAGUACUAGAUGUAGACGCCUGUUUAAAGCUGGAGCGAUUGCCUGAGCAAUUGGGGAUGAUGCAAUGCUUAAAAGAGCUUAGGGCUUCUGAUACAGCAAUUGAAGAAUUACCAGACUCUAUUGGACUACUGAGUAAAUUACAAGUUCUGUCUGCAGUGAACUAUAAGCUUAAAUAUGUGCGCAAUAACAUAUGGAAUCUCACGUCACUUACAGAACUGAGACUUUUUCAAAAUGGCAUCUACAAAAUUGAUUUGCCUGAGAGGGUAGAAAAUAUGAAGCUGGAAGAUUUGAUUCUGAGAUGUAAUAUAAGCUUAUGGAUGCCUAUGAUCCAAAGUUUCUCUUCCCUAAAGUACUUAUUCAUUGUUGAUGAUGGCAGAAAUGUCUCUCCAACCAGACACUUAAGCCUUUCUAAGCUUCACAACCUCCAAUAUCUGACACUGGCCAACUGUACAAGUCUCGGCUCCUCCUUCCCGGAACUUCCUCUGAAUCUAAUGCUCUUGAAUAUAUGUGGCCAUACAGCAUUGGAACAGCUCCCGGAUAUGUCCUACUUGAAAGAGCUGAUAAUUUUAAAUAUACAUGGAUGUAACAACCUUCGAUCACUUCCACCACUUCCUCCUCAUCUGAAACUAAUUGAAGUUAGUAAAUGCAAAAGGCUGGAAGAGCUUCCAGAUCUAUCAAUGCUGAAGGAACUGGAAAGUUUGAGUUUUAGCAGGUGCAACAAUCUGAAAGUUAUUGAUUUGACAGGGACCUCCCUAAUUAUGGUAGAACAACACAACUCCUUUUCAUUUACGGCUAUUCUACCAAACAGCGAGUUUGCAAAAUGGUUAUGCUCCAGAGCCAGUAACACUGGGCGUACUCUGUAUACUAUCUAUGAUAUUUAUAUACAUUUUAAUGUCUGGAUGUUAUAUAUUAUGCUCAAAAGAUGGGAUUCUAGUCUUUACCACAUCUCAAAAACAAUUGAAGCCUGGGGAAAUUGCCUGAUGGGAAGAUGCUACGUCUUUUUGACCGGCUUCAUUUCCGGACAAAAUAAAAACCACACUAAAUCUUUGCACAUUCUCACCAUCAUUCCCGAAAUUUCUUACUAUCAAAUUUACAUGGCUAGCACAAGUAAUAAAUCAGCAGUCACUUGUUCUUCAUCUCCUCCUAGCUGGGAUGUCUUCUUGAGCUUUUAUGGUAAAGAUACUCGCAGAAACUUUAUUUCCAAUCUUUACUUCUCCCUGGAUCAAGCUGAAGUUAUAACCUUCAAAGAUGAUCCUGAACUUGAGAAGGGAGAAGAAAUUUCACGCGGACUACUUAAGGCAAUCCAUGGUUCAAAGAUGUUUGUCGUCGUUCUGUCAGAGAACUAUGCUCGUUCACCAUGGUGCCUUGAUGAGCUUGUGGAGAUCCUUGAUUGCAAGAGGAACCAGAAUCGGGUUGUUCCUGUAUUUUACUACGUUGAUCCAUCAGAUCUUCGGUACCAGAAAGGGAGUUUUGGAGAAGCUCUUAAUUAUCAUAUGAAACGGUACUCUGUUGAUAUUAUAGAGAAAUGGAAAUCUGCUCUUGCUGAAAUCGGCCAGCUGUCAGGGUACCAUCUCAAAAAGGAUUCAGAUGGGAACGAAUCAAAAACCAUUCAAGAAAUUGUGGAGAAUGUCGCACGACAUACAUGUAAAAAGGAAUCACAUCUUGUAGAAUAUCUAGUCGGGAUAAAUCCUGCUGUGGAAGAGAUAUAUGGAAAACUAAGUAUGGAGUCAAAUGAUGUCCGUGCCAUUGGGAUUUGUGGCAUUCGCGGAAUAGGGAAAACUACAAUUGCCAAAGCUUUCUACGACAAAUAUUCCCAAAAAUUUCAUAUCAGUUGCUUCAUUGAAAAUCAAAAAGAACAAUCGGAAGAAGACAUUCCUCUGCUCCCUGUACUUAAUCAACUCUUGAUUAAGCUUCUCCGGAGAAAGGACUAUACAGUCCACAACGUUGAAAGUGGAAUGAGAAAAUUAGAACAAACCCUUUGUUCUAAGAAAGCUCUCAUUGUUCUGGAUGGUUUCCACCAAUCAGUCUACUCAGGAUUGUUUCCAAGGCUUCACAGUUUUUUCUUCGCAGGAAGCAGAGUUAUUAUUACAACUAGAGAUGCAAACCUGCUAAAAAAAUCAAAGGUAGAUUUAGCAGAAGCUGAUAUUUACAUGGUGAAGCCAUUGGACAAAAUAACUUCAUUGGAGCUCUUUAGCUAUCACGCCUUCAGAAAUCCGACUCCGCCUGAAAGUUUUAGAGAGCUCACCAAAAGCUUUGCAACUUAUGCCCGAGGUGUUCCAUUAGCUCUCGAAGUAUUGGGUUCAUCUUUGCGCAGUAGGACUGAUGUGUCAUUCUGGAAAGCUAAACAUAAAGAACUACAAAAUGUCCUUCAUCUAAAUUACGAUGAUUCAGAUUGUGAAACGGAGAGCCUGGCAAUGGUCCUUGAUUUUGCAUUCUUCUUUAUCGGAAAGGUCAUGAAGGUGGACUUUCCUACAUUUAGUUCUUAUGAUAUUUUCCUGAAUUGGGAUACAAAGAUUAAUAGAAAGAUGUUUACUAAGUAUCGACAGAGAUAGUGGGUGUUUGUUUACGAAUUAUAAGUCCAGCUUCUGGAUUAUAAAUUAGGAGCACUAAGCAUUUAUAAAAAAGUUAGGAAUGCUAGCUUUUGUUUUAGCGCU